CCCCGAGGAACGUCCUGUGGGUGAUCGAGGGGACCUCGUGUGACCUCCCCUGGCAGGCCGCCCUCUUCAAAGGGGACAAGUUCAUCUGUGGGGGGACCCUGGUGGCUCGGAACUGGGUGCUGACGGCUGCCCACUGCCACGUCCCCGGCCACCUCACCGUCCGCCUGGGUGCCCGCGGCCGCCAGGACCCCUCCUCCGCCGAGCAGCGCCGCCUCUCGGCCAAAGCCAUCGCUUACCCGCGCUACGACGCGGCCACCAAGGACGGGGACCUGAUGCUCCUCAAACUCCUCCAGCCCGUCCGCCUCACCGAGCACAUCAAGCCGCUGCCGUUGGCUUCCAGUUGCCCCGUGGCCGGAACCACCUGCCAGAUUUCGGGCUGGGGUUCCACCACCAGCCCUGAAGUCACCUUCCCCGAAGAUCUCCACUGCGCCAAGGUCACCAUCGUCCCGGAAGAGCGGUGCCGGCGCAUCUACCCGGGCUCCAUCACCGCCAACAUGGUGUGCGCCGGAGAACACCGCAACCGCGCCGACUCCUGCCAGGGCGACUCCGGGGGGCCCCUCGUGUGCGAUGGACAACUCCAGGGCAUCGUCUCGUGGGGUCCGGGCGUCUGCGGGGACCCCCAAAAACCCGGCGUCUACGUCAACCUCUGCAAAUACACCCGGUGGAUCCAUGACACCAUGAGAAGGAACUGAAACCCCUCCCCCCUCCCACCCCCCC